UUGUUUUCUAGGGGUGCUUUCUCCAUCGUUAGAAGAUGUGUACAGAAAUCUACUGGUUUAGAAUUUGCUGCAAAAAUUAUUAAUACAAAGAAAUUAUCAUCUAGGGAUUUCCAGAAGUUAGAACGUGAAGCUAGAAUUUGUCGCAAACUUAACCAUCCUAACAUUGUUCGAUUACAUGAUAGCAUACAAGAAGAAGGCAGUCACUAUUUGAUAUUUGAUCUAGUUACUGGUGGAGAAUUAUUUGAAGAUAUAGUUGCUCGAGAAUAUUAUAGUGAAGCUGAUGCAAGCCAUUGCAUACAACAAAUUUUGGAGAGUGUUAAUCAUUGUCAUCAAAACUUGAUUGUCCACAGAGAUCUUAAACCAGAAAACUUACUGCUGGCCAGUAAAGCAAAAGGUGCUGCAGUUAAAUUAGCAGAUUUUGGUUUAGCUAUUGAGGUCCAAGGAGAUCAGCAAGCUUGGUAUGGGUUUGCUGGUACUCCAGGUUAUUUAUCACCUGAAGUAUUAAAAAAAGAUCCUUAUGGAAAACCAGUUGAUAUUUGGGCCUGUGGGGUUAUAUUAUAUAUUUUACUUGUUGGCUACCCUCCUUUCUGGGAUGAAGAUCAACAUAGGUUAUAUGGACAAAUCAAGGCAGGUGCCUAUGACGUAAGUAUCAAAUUGAAACAAUUUUGUUUAAUUUAUACGUCGUUAUCUACAUCGUCGCAAAGGGAGAGAGUGGCCUCUACUCUUCACAGGCAAGAGACUGUUGACUGUCUAAAAAAAUUCAACGCAAGACGUAAACUCAAGGGGGCCAUAUUAACUACAAUGUUAGCAACACGCAACUUUUCUAGUCGCAGUAUUAUCAAAAAAGGAGACGGGUCACAAGUGAAAGAGUCUUCUGACAGUAACACAACAUUAGAAGAUGAUGAUGUGAAAGAGAGUAUGCAUUGCGCACCCGAAAGGAGUAAAACCGUAAUUCAGGUAGAGCAUGCUGUAAAGAACAAUAAUGGCAAUAUUGUCGAUCUAACAUGUAUGUUGAAUUCCUUUGCUUCUUUUCUUUUGCGUGUGACCUAUUCAGAGAGUAUGCAUUGCGCACCCGAAAGGAGUAAAACCGUAAUUCAGGUAGAGCAUGUCAAAACAACAACAACUGAUAAUAAAAUUGCACAGAAAUCUACUCAAGAAUCCUUGGGACAAGUCUCUCGACAGUCUUUGGGAAGUGUUACCACCUCAGCUGUAAAGAACAAUAAUGGCAAUAUUGUCGAUCCACGCAAACAAGAAAUCAUAAAGAUGACAGAAUGUCUUUUAGAAUCAAUUAAUAACGGAGAUUAUGCAACUUAUACAAAAUUAUGCGAUCCUCACAUGACUGCUUUUGAACCUGAAGCAUUAGGAAAUUUAGUUGAAGGAAUGGAUUUUCACAGGUUUUAUUUUGAAAAUGUUCUAGGAAAGCAGAUAAAAACCCUACAUACCCUGAUGCUUAAUCCUGCUGUUCAUCUUUUGGGAGAAGAUGCCGCUUGCAUUGCUUAUGUUCGUCUAACCCAAUAUAUUGACAAAUCGGGUAUGGCUCACACUCAAAGAUCAGAAGAGACAAGAUUAUGGCAUAAGAAAGAUGGAAAAUGGCAAAAUAUCCAUUUCCAUCGUUCAGGUUCACCUUCACUACCUAUAUCGGUUUUACAAUCAAAAUAAGGAUCAAAUAACUGUUUAUUGUUACCCGAUUCCCAGCGUCAUCAAUGAACAAUUGGUCCUCGUUAAUAAUCUCUCCAGUUGUUAUUCAUUUAAACAAAGUGUGGUCCGCAGUGGUUAUCGUUGAUUCUUGUUAAUUGAUCCUAUUAUCCCACCAGUAAUGAUCACUCAGUUCCGAUUUAAACGAGUACAUAUCAGAUUAUCAGGUGUGUUUGUAGUGUUUUUUGGACCAUUUAAGGGAUUUGUUUCUACUCUGGUAUACAUCGGCCACUGUAACAUAUUACGGCACCGGUCGUAUGCUAGUAGGGAUUUGUUCCUAUCUGCCCGUACUCUAGUGGCUCUUCACAAUCACUUCUAUCAAAUUUAUUGCACCGAUUUUACACUCGUAUAAUCGAUCCUCUGCACCCGUUACAUUUAUUACGCGUUUAAGAUGCUAUGUGGAAUUUCAAUUUUUAGAAUUAUUAAUAAGCAAAAAAUGAAUUUAAAUAUGUUUGUGGGACUUGUCAGUAAUAGAGAUCUGAUGUAUAUGUAAGUUAUUUCAAAAAGUGAGAUGCUGUACAUGAUAGAAAAUUAUGUGAUAGUUAAAUUAUAUAGUAAAUUGUGUGAGUUAUGUGAUAAAACAUCAUUAUAAUUUUUUCCCCCUGUGGUAAUUUUAAUGUGUAUGUACAUAAGAGUAUACACAUAAUAUAAUUUCGUUUGAAAAUAGAAUUUCUUUUUAUAUAUAUAAAAAUACAUAUAUAUAUAUCUGUACGUGAAUGCUUUUUUAAAGGCAAAGUAUGCGGAGAGAGAUAAUACAAGCAAUGUUAUUCAUGUCGAUGUGCACGUCGAUAGAGCCAAAUUAACAUAAUAUAGUGUAACCAGGCAGUUAUAAAAUACACCAUUACUCGGUUGUCCAUAGUCGAACUAACUGCUGCCAGCCACUAGUCAAUAGAUUUAGGUUAUAUUCAAACAAUAAUAUAAAAAUUAUAAAUCUGAUAGAUUUACGAAAAUUGUUAAGGUUUAAUUUGUUAGAAAUUUAUUUAUAGAUUUUAUAUAUAUAGAAAAGUGUAUAUAUAUGUACUUAAAAGAAGAGAAUAUGAAAUGUUAAAAAGAGUUCAGAGUUAAAUAUAUUAAAAAAAAAAAAAUUUAAAGUUUUCGACAUAUGAGUUUUGUCAAGUCGAAUAUUUUAAAAUCAGAAAAAAAAGAAAUUUUAACAAAUCCGAUAGACGAGGAUUCAAAGUAAAAGUUUUUAAUGGUAAAACAAAGCCCAACAUUCCUCACCAAAUGAAAAUAAUAAUAAUAAUAAUCGUCAAGCGAAACGAUAAUCACUUGUCUAACUAUUUCCACGAAUAAACAAAAUAAUAAUAAUAUAUAUUGACGUUUCGGGCCACACGGUAGCUUGCCCCAAGUUAUUUUUGACAAAAAGGACUCAAGCCCAAAAUACAAAUAAAAAAUAAUUUAAUAAUAAUUGCAUGUACGAGUUUUUGAAAUGUAAAAAGUCAUAAAGGUACGUAUGUCACUCCAAAACAGUAAUAAUAUACAAGCUUUCCAUUUUUUGCAUAAUGUUAGAUGUUUUGGUUGUUAUAUAUAUAUGCUGUAUUGUGUUUAGUAUAAAAAAAAAUACAGAAAACUUUUUAAAAUUAAAAAAAAAAAGUUGAUACUUGGAGUAUGUUGUAAAUGUUAUUGAUGUUCAUUGUUACAUUUUACAUGGUUAUUAUUAAUAUUUGGAAUAUGAAUAUUAAAAAGUGAUUUGUAUACUAAAACAAAUUAAUUGCACUCUUAUGCAACAUACUUUGUAUAAAACAUUAUAUAAAUGCUUUGUGAUUUGCUACUGUGCAGGAAAAUAAAUAAAUAAAUAAUGUUUCGAAACAUUGGAGCCAAGCUUUAUUGUAUUGCAAAAUUUCUUAAUUUCACAAACCCAAAAAAGAAGUAAAAAAAAAUUUUUUUAAACUCAUUAAAUCUUUUGUGAUGUAUUAUCUAUCAGUUUUGUAUUGGCCCUACUUUAGAAUAAAUAAGUUGAAGUAUAUUAAAA